AGGCCAUGGGUGAUUAUUUGUUACGCAAAACAAUAUCAUUGUUCAAUACAGUGAUUAGCCAGUUGGGUCUAAAAGGUCUACGAGAUCGAAUUCGAAGCAUGGUGAAAUUGUGGCAAGCGCAGCCCUCCCGGGACGAUCGCAUAGUUGAACGGUUCAAUAGUUAUUCGGAAGGUUUACGCAAGUGGUACGACAAUACCCCUGAUAAGACUCAUGCAAUCACGAUGUGCAUGCUGGUGAUUCGGCGCUGGGAGGUGUUCUUCCAAACCAGGGGUUUCAUUAGCUGGCAAGUCCGUGACCGAAUUGAUAAGUGGCAAGAGUUGUGGAAAGGUGCAAGCGAAUGUGGUAUCAAGUUCAGCGAUGCUGAUACGAUUGACGAUACGCCAUUUCGAAAGAAUUCGUUUGUCACCAAAUUGACGGGAAUCUUUGAAGAAUUAAGCCAGGAGCCGAUUCCAAGCGGCUUUAAAGAUUACGAUAGUGAUGUGGCAGAUGAAGAUGAGAAAAAUCUUGAUGAGUUACUCCAGCUGGCAGGGCUCGGGCGGUCAAAAGCUCAACUGGCAGCCGAGAAACAAUUAAUUGAAAAGCCGGCAGGGCAAGGAUCCAACUCAGAAUCUAAGAGUAAGCCGGAAAAUUUUCGGUUGGUUUAUGAGGAUGAUUCUCAGCCGGUAAAGCAGAAAACAUCCGAUGAGAAAACCGCGGAGCAAAAUUUUCACUUGGUUAACGAGGAUAACUCUCAGCCAGUAAAGCCAAUGAAUGCCGAAGAUGGAAAUUUUCGGUUGGCUGAGGAGGAUAAGACUCAGCCAGUCGAUAGAGACGAGCAACAGCAACGACAACUCGAGGAAGCAACUCUUCAGCUUGUUGAGAUGUUGGAUAAACAGCGAAUGUCAGACGACAUCAUCCAUCACGUGUACGAGAAUCACGACGAUUCCUGGCCUGAUUCAGGCAUUGAUACAUCAUUUGCAGAUCUAACAAAUCGCUUAAGCAUUGAGUCUACAGGACAGGGGAAUAACUACGCAAUCACUUCCAAUCAAUUGACAUUCGCCAGCUUUAGCGGCCAUGUUGAAUUUCCCGAUCCCCCGAUGAUUGAGAGUCCAGAACAAACGAUUGUCUACAGCCGUCUGGAUUGCAUCGAUGAGAAAAUUAAUGACAUUUGGCGAAAGAGUCUAUAUUCUGGCCCGGGUUUAGAUGAGGCGGACUUAUAUAUUAUGGGCCGUGGUAUUACACUUGCAGAGAAUUCUCUCUCCACAACAUUGGUCGAUGAUAUUAACAAUCAACUUUUACAGAAAAUCCAUAAAUAUAAAGAAAGUAAGAAGCAACCGAAGAAGCGCGUUAAUCCCUUUGAUCUGGACGCGAAUGCUGACAAUGAAUCACUGUUAAAUACUCCAUUGGACAAACCAUUAAUUGUUCAUUCACCCCCUAAAAUGAAGAAACUAACAGGUAAUGCAGUAGUGACAAAUUUGCAAUUACCAUUCAAUCUUACCGAAGAUAUUGCUUCACCUGUGAAGCGUUUGAGUUGGGAAGAGUUGGCAGAUAAGCCAAUUUGACGUUUAGUAGAUUUAUAAGUUGGCUUUGUUAUUGUUAUUGUUACUAUUGUUAUCCUGUUAUGAAUUUUUUAUGGUUUGACGUUAAAUAAAAACAAUAAAACAUU